UAGGCAGUGCUCGUCACAUGUUCAUUUCUAGAAGAGACGCGACGAUGACAGUCUUUCCCUUUUCUGUAGUCGUCGUGGCCGUAGCAACAACCGCUCUGUUGUUGACAACACAUCGGGUGACAGGAGCGGGAUGCUGCACUCUCAGCAGCUAUCAAAUUAAAGGAGUGUCCGUGCAAGCCGUUGUCGAGCAAGAAGCGACGACGGCAUCUAUCAGUUCGAUGUUUUUGGCUUACGAUCUUGAAGACAAAAAAGUGUACCUCAACUACACUAGUCUAGCCUCUUCGAAGAGUCCCAGAGGUCUGAGGGGCACAGACAUCUACGAUUUCAAAUCCAACAAAGUGUAUUCGUUUACGAGUGCAAGCGACUGCGUGGAGCAAGAUUAUGUAGGACCGGAGCUCGACCCGUGCAUACCAGGGGAUGCUAAGAUACUUAAAAACGUUUCUUUGGGAAAUCAAAAUUUUACUCUUUUCGAGUUCAAACUGCAGGGAACUAGUGAGGAGUUCACCUGGGAAGUAGGAACGGAAGCGUUGGUAGAUGCUGCCAGCUGCAUACCCACUUUGUCUCGGAGUGUUUUUCAAGGGUACAACACGACAGUUGGUGAGGACUCUGAGGUACUUCAUGCCUCCUACUCGUUUGAAUACGGAGCAGUAGCUCUGCAGUCUAGAGAGAUAUUUACGCCACCGAAAGGAUGCAAACCUGUUGAAAUGUCGAAAUCGGAAGGAAACAAACGGCGUUUUCGUCAUCUGAUGGAUGGAGUUGCAGCGUUCAACAUCUACGAGGCAUUGAGUAGACUAGGUGCAGCUGAUCGCAUACUUAAUCUGUUGCACUAGAAGCAAGAUGCUCUCGUUGACUAGCAAACAAAUGACCAAGCGUUAUAGUAACUAAGAAACACUUGCUAAUUCGCAGUUUGCAACAUAUAUUUUUACUUUCUAGAAUUUUUUGUUAAUUUUUGUUAAUUUUUUGUUAAUUUUUUGUUAAUUUUUGUUAAUUUUUGUUAAUUUUUGUUAAUUUUUUGUUAAUUUUUGUUAAUUUUGUUAAAAUUUUGUUAAUUUUUUGUUAAUUUUUAAAUUUUUGUCAACUUUUUUUCAAUAUUUUUGUUAUUUUUUGUUAUUUUUUUGAUAAUUUUUUUGUUAAUUUUUGUUAAUUUUUUGUUAAUUUUUGUUAUUUUUUUUGUUAAUUUUUGUUAAUUAUUUGUUAUUUUCGUUAAAAUUUUGUUAAUUUUUUUGUUAAUUUUUUAAUUUUUGUCAAUUUUUUCUCAAUUUUUUGUUAUUUUUUGUUAAUUCUUUUGUUAAUUAGCACUCUUUUUCAACACAUACGUUUUACUGGCUACAAGAGCCAUUGUACUAAAGCAUUUUCAUAUUUUCAGUACACUUUUUAUAGAUAAUUUAGCUGGCCACGGUGUGCCGCUCUGUACUCCACAGUAUCUGGUAGUUUAAUUAAU